AUGGAAGACAAUUUAAACAUUGAAAGCAUGAUGGAAAAAAAUUCUACAGAAUAUUUACAACAGCUAAAUACAGAAGCGGAGAGCCAAGAAUGCAAUGAACAACGAAACAUGCUAGAUUUGUUGAGUAAGAAGUUUCAAACUCGUGAUGAGCUCAUUGUGCAUGUUCGAAAUUUUUUCUUUGAGAAAGGUUAUGUUUUGUCCAUUCAAAGCUCUAGAAAAGAUAAAUAUGUCACUAUUGGUUGUGAUUUAGGAGGUAUUUACCGAAAUAGGCAUUGUGUUCCUUUUGACAAACGACAAAGAAAAACUUCUACCCGUCUUAGAAAUUGUCCAUUCAUGAUUAAAGGAAAAAAGCAAGAUGAAGGGUUUUGGACAUUAGAAGAAAAAAAUAACUUGCAUAAUCAUGAGGCCUCCGUAGACAUGUCCGGACAUUCAUCUUGUCGUCAUUUGUCAAAGGAAGAAAUUAGUAGUGUUGAAACAAUGAGUAAAUCAGGCAUAGCACCGCGUCAUAUUUUGACAUCACUUCGACAAAAAAAUAAUAGUCUUCAAGCAGUCUCUCGGAGUGUGUAUAAUGCCAAAGCUAAAAUCUAUAGAGAAAAUUUGGGUUGUCGAACUAUAAUUCAAGCAUUGUUUGAGGAAUUUGGAGAUGGCGAUUUUACAUUCAAUGCUCAACAUAAUGACACUGGCCAUUUAACGCAUCUAUUUUUCGCUCAUCCUUUAUCUAUUACACUUACGCGAAAUUACCAAAAUGUCUUUAGAAGGAGUGUGAACAAGAUUAUGUUAGAUAUGUUUAAAACAAUUCUUGGAGAUAAUGUUCAACCAUCUGCAAUUGUUUCUGAUAGGGAGUUGGUUUUAAUGAAUGCUAUUAGAGUAGUUUUUCCCAAAACUAGAAUUUUUUUAUGUGUGUGGCAUAUUGAGAAGAAUAUAUUGGCAAACUGCAAGCGAUAUUUUGAAGUUCAAGAUGAAUGGGAUUCUUUUUUAUCUUCGUGGAAUGAAAUUAUAUAUACAUCAAAUGAAGUUGAAUAUGCAGAAAAUUGGAAACAAUUUGAAGGAAAAUAUGCACAGAAGCAAAAUGUCAUUAAUUAUAUUCAUGGUACUUGGCUUCCAUAUCAUGAAUAUUUUAUUAGUGUAUGGACAGAGAAACAUCUUCAUUUUGGUAAUCGUGUCUCCUCAAGAGCUGAAAGUGCACAUGCAAAACUCAAAAGAUAUUUGCAAGUUUCUACAGGUGACUUUCGUCAACUAAAAGAUAAAAUAUGUCUUGCUAUUGAAAAUGAGUUUCAAGAAAUUAAAGCUCAUUUGGCUACUGAAAGGUUACAUUUACCACAUUAUUGUAACUCUUUGUUUUUUAAGAAUCUCACUACUCGUGUUUCAAAAUUUGCAAUGAGACAAUUGCAUAAUCUAUAUGAAAUGGUGAAAUAUGGGAAAGUAACACCUUUGUGUAAAGGUCAUUUUACAGCAACUAUGGGUCUUCCUUGUGCUCAUAAGAUGAUGAGUUGGAAGGGUGGGAUGAUUCCUCUUGAUUCCAUUCACUCUCAAUGGAGAAUUGAUUCAAAUUUUAUUUCUAGCCUUGGUGAAACUAGAAAUAGGGAUGAUGGCAUUCAAGAGAUGUUUACUGAGCUUCAAUAUAAAUAUCAACAAUGUCCUCUUGUUCAAAAGGAGUAUGUCCGAGAGACAUUAUCUCAUAUCAACUUCAUCGUAUCUUGA